AUGAAACAUAUUCAUGGUGGAAACCAGGACUUUGAUGGAGACCCAGAACCACAACGCGGCCGUGGCUCCACGAGGAGCGACAAGCUCUCCGCUCCAUUGCGACUACCUAAGAACCGCAGCACCGGGAAUCUCGCUGUUGUGGCUGAAUUUCCUGAGAGGCCAAGGUUGAGGUUCUCUUUCGACACCGGAUCAGGUGUGGCAGAGUCUGACCAAAUCACAAGAUCUCCAAUUAUCACCGAACAUGACCAUGGAUUGGGCAUAUCCGGUUUACGACGCAUUCGUCAGCAUCCUACUCCGCGUACCCCUACCAUGCCUUCAACCGCCGUUUCUUCGCGAAGUCCCUCUACUGGCCUUCCUCGUUCCACUUCUAUGACCAUGAUGCUGCCUUCCGGACAGCAGACCCCAUUGACGCCCGGCCCCGCGUCUCCCAAUUUCUCCGAAGACUUGUCUCGCUUUCCUUCCGAAUCCCUGCACUCUUUCUCCUUCGCUCACCAGUCUGAAGAAUUUAUACAUAAUCGCCAGAAUGUGUUAAAGCGAUCCAUAGAGUUCAUGAAAGAUCGCAUGGGAUGGUCCAUGUCCUCGAAUGCCGGCAUUGCUAGCGCCCAGGCCAGAGUUUCCGGAGAUGUAGAAACACAGCAUAUGCUUGAUCUACUUGCUAGGGCGCAGCUCGUUGGAGCGGGGAAUCUACCAAAUACCGACUCGUCUGUUGUGCCGGGACCGUUGACCGGUCCUGCUCGAGUCUCCCACGACAAUGUGUUCGAGAAGGACUUUAUACCCAUACCAAGGACAAGCAGCCCUGAGUCCUUCGUGACACCGAUGGUAUCUCCUACAGAUACUCAAAAAUCUACUACGAAUCAGGCCUCUCCUGCUACCGUAAAAUCUGCGCAGAGCGAGGAGGAUAAGCCCAUACCAAAGCAAGUGGAUGUCAUACAAGACCAAACGGAUUCCGAGAACUCCUCGAGGACACCGACCAAUGAGAGCGGUACCACGGCUCAGACAUCCCCGCCAGUAUCCAGACGCCCGAGUCUACGGCGAACGUACACGGAUGUAGUAUCCGCCGAAAUGCAACAGAAACUCGUGGAUACCAUGGCACAGCCAUUCCUUGCCGCAUCAUCCGAAGCGUAUGCCGAUGCGUUAAUAUCUCCAACCCUUCCGCCCCUAGCUAUGGGCUCAGCACUUAAUACACCAGCUCUGGGGCCUCCGGUACAUGGCCACGCAACUCGAUGGGUCCCGGCCGCACAGGCCAUCUUCACAACCGAAUCUAAGCCUCCGUGGACGAUAUUAGCUGCUAACGAUCUAGCCUGCCUCGUCUUUGGUGUGACGAAAGCUGAAGUUCGCAAGAUGGGUAUACUCGAAGUUGUUCAGGAGGAGAGGCGUUCUUGGUUAGAGAAUCGACUCCUCCGUGCUGAUCCUAACGACGUAAGCCAGGAACCCGCGGAAACUGUACCUCCGCCCAUUCCUUCAGCCGGCUCGUCUCUGCUAGGGGGACGCGGCGGCAUUACAGCGCAUUUGUUGAGUAAACCUAACUCUCGGUCACAGCGUCCGAAAACCCCGGCCCGGCGUGCGCAGACUGUUCAUAGUGGGGAUACAACGCCGUCGAAACCUCGAGGGGUGAAUCAUCGCAAUUCAAAAUCUAGAGGGGUUCUGCUCUGUGGAGACGUCGUCCCCAUACAGAAACGCAAUGGGGCAACGGGUUCCGCAAGUUUGUGGGUCAAGGAAAAGAAGGUAGGGCUAAUUUGGGUCCUUGAGGAAAUCCAUGAAGACGUGGCCUUAGUGAGUCUUGAUGAAGACGGGAUCGUUACCAAAAUCUCUGGAGAUACGGGUCCAAUAUGGGGAGAAGAAAGCUUACGACCUGGUAUGGACGUCGGCAAGCUGAUCCCUCGCAUUCCUCGUCAAGGUAUCGAUCCCAGAUAUGGCGCCAUUGAUUACGCGCAAAUCGCAAAACGCAAGUAUUUCACUUGCCGAAACGGCGAUAAGGUCAACGUCCCUACCAUAGUCUCCCAGACAAGAGGCCAGCCCGAGCUUCGUAUUUCGAGCUUCCCACAUAUUGCUGGAAUCAUUGUGGUCUCACCAGAUACCCUCAAGAUCAAGAGUUCAAAUUCUGCAUUCUGCGGGGCGCUCUUCGGCUAUGAAAAACCAGAGGGGCAGUCAAUCUGUAACCUCAUACCAGACUUCGACAAAGUCCUUGAGAUACUGGUGGAUCACGAUGGAGUUCAAUUCCGGGACGGCAUAGUCGUACCUGAACAUAGCUUCAGAAAGGCCUCUGUUUUGUUAGCUUUGCAUGACAAUAGGCCAAACGCAGCUGCUAGCUUUCUGAAUCCCGACGGUCUCCCUGCAAAGCAUCGCGAUGGCACAGAACUAAAGAUUGAUGUCCAGAUGAGAGUCGUUAAGAGCGAGAAGAAGUCUGGCAAUGAUUCAAGUUCAAGUGAUGACGAAUCUCAGACUAGCGAAGGAGCUGUAAGGGAAAUUGAAUCGGAGAUGGUUUACGCGUUAUGGAUAACGUACUCGAGACACCUACACGCAUCUAUCACAAAAACGGUCACCCCUAAAUCGCCAGUACUAUCCGGGGCAGUUUCUCCUUUGCACCAGCCUUCUCCUGGCCAAACCCCGGCACAUACGCCGCAAGAUAUAGGGUCGGAUUCAGAGGAGGCGAAGUCAAGACCCUCUUCUACUGCCUCAGCGUUGUCGCAGCAGCUCAAAGUCGUUGCAAUGAACGCAGCCGCGAAAAUCACUGGAGCAUCGAGACAGUCGGACAAAUCACCGCCAGCGGCAGCAUCUCCGGCAGAGGCACCGGCGCGGAAGAAGACCAUCGACGACUUCGUCAUACUCGAAGAUAUGGGGCAAGGUGCCUACGGCCAAGUGAAACUAGCGCGUUAUAAGUACGGCGGUGGAAAGAAGGUCGUUCUGAAAUAUGUGACGAAGCGACGAAUUCUUGUAGACACAUGGACUAGAGAUCGGCGCCUCGGCACAGUGCCCCUGGAGAUACACGUAUUGGAUUACCUCCGACGAGAUGGCUUCAAGCACCCCAACAUCGUAGAGAUGGAAGAUUUCUUCGAGGAUGAGGUCAACUAUUACAUCGAAAUGGCGCCCCACGGGUAUCCUGGGAUGGAUCUCUUCGAUUACAUUGAGCUUCGAACAAAUAUGGAAGAGGACGAAUGCCGAAGUAUCUUCGUCCAAGUCGCCCGGGCAAUACACCAUCUCCAUACGAGAGCGAAAGUAGUCCAUCGCGAUAUCAAGGAUGAGAAUGUCAUUUUAGACGGUGAAGGAAAUAUCAAGCUGAUAGACUUUGGAAGCGCAGCAUACAUCAAAAGUGGACCUUUUGAUGUCUUUGUGGGCACCAUUGACUAUGCAGCGCCAGAAGUUCUAGCAGGAAAACCAUACGGCGGUAAAGAGCAAGACGUUUGGGCGCUAGGAAUCCUCCUUUACACCAUCAUCUACAAGGAGAAUCCAUUCUACAGUAUCGAUGAAAUUAUGGAUCGCGAUCUAAGAGUGCCCUACGUAAUCAGCGAGGAAAGCAUCGAACUCAUCCGGCGUAUGCUCGAUCGCGACGUUUCACAACGAUACGACAUCGAGCAAGUGCUCCAGCACCCGUGGUGCCAGAUGGAAUGAAGAGAUUAAGGAGGGCAAUUAGGCGUACUACCCCAUGAGGUCUAAGGGGUAUCCAGGGGGUUGCUUUGGGUGCAGGUUUGUACGACAGGGUUGGUUUACGGGCUAGACUGCACUAGAGAAAAGGGCACAUUGAUGAUUGGGGAAUGAAGCCACAAAUUUUACAUGAUACCCAGCUCUCAGGAAUUGAUUGCAGAUUCGGGAGUAGGAAAGUAGCACAAAGAUACACACAAGGAAAACAAGCAAGAAAGAAACAUGGCAAUUUUCUCAGCCCGCCUUUACAAAGUCUCAUUUCCUUCCCCUUUUUAGAGCAGAUGAGCUACGUCGGCGGGAAAUCAGCAUAUAUACUUCUGGCGCGGAGUUUUGAAUAGGUCACGACAUGAAACCCCAAGAAUGGCUGGCUUUCGGAAACAAGAUUUUGGGAAAUUUCUGGGUUUUUGGUUUUCUCUAUUCUGGAGGGCGCGGGGAUUACACUACUUAUUAGGUUUAGGUGUAGCGGCGAAUUUUCCUCAAUCUUCUUUAAAAUCAUUCUUACAGGUCGUCAUGUCUGCGUGCUUUUUUCCUUCUUGCAUUUAUGUAGUAUAGUAGGUCGUUGAGGCCGGUAGGGGAGACGAUUAUGGCUAUCAUGAACGGAU